AUGGGGCUGCGUUCGGCUCCGAACCGGUGCCCUCCCUGCUCCCCAGGUCCCUGUGGGUGUCUCCAGGCUGGGAGAGUUGCCCCAACGUGUUUGCAGAGGGUCAGGAGCUCCUGCUGCUCCCGCCCGCGUGGAGGCACCGGUGGCCGUGAGGCUCCUGCGGGCGCGAACGCGGCUGGUCGUGUUGCCGGGUCACGUGCUGCCUGCGGCAGUAGAGCCAGUUUUUCUGCUCCAAAAGUCGGACCAGGGAGGAGACGGCAACGCUCAAAUACCCGGGACGGCAGGCGGCUGCCGGCGAGGCACCACGCAGGCCACCUGCCCUUCCCCGCUCCAGGGUUUGGACGGGAAGAUAAGGAGAGCGAAGAGAGGGGAAAGGACAAGGAAGAGGAGAAAGGAAAAGAGGAGAAAGGAAAAGAGGAGAACAAGAAGAAAAAGCAGCAGCAGCAGCAGGAAACGGUAGGGGGAUUCUGGGAUCGUUUGCCAGAGGACCGUCAGCCCCGAGGUCCCCAGCGCCUUGCGCAGGGUGAGCCUGGCACUUCCCAAAGCAGCCAUGCGGAGCCGAGCCGGGGAGCCCCGGUCCAAGCGUGCCCCCGCCGUGGGGCGAGUGCUGCUGGCGGCGUGGUGGGACGUGGCGCUGCCGAGCCCCGCGGAGCAGAGCGGGCCGCUCGGCGCGGGGGCAGCCGGGCUUUGCAGCCUGUUUGGAAGCACCUGCCCGAACUGAUCCCCGUCCCGGCGGGGACGGGAGCAGGGCAUGGCUCACGGUCAGUCGCUGCAAGGUGAUGGGCGCUUGUGGGGCUGUGGCAGCUGGCAGCAGCUCGAUGACUAGCUCCAAGACGGCCCUGGCCCUGAGACCCAACAUCUCUCUGACUCCAGUAUCUGGCCCAAAAUGAAAACAGGGUCACUGGGUGCCAGGGUGCUCAGUGACUCUUGGCUGUCCCACUGCUAUGUGUCCUUCCCUCUUCACCCUUGCAAGGAGACAGGGAAGCAGUGGGCAGGAGCAGCAGCAGCUUGGUACUGACUCGGAGGAGGUAAUCGUAGUACAGAUUUCUGGCUAACCCGGGCCGCUUUCCUCUCCUCCUCCGGGCUGGGCGCAGGCAGGGUGCAGCCUGCCCUGCUUGGCCGCCCUGGCAGCACUGCGGGAUUUUGCAGGGCAGUGGGUGCCAGUGCAGAGAUCCUGGCCGGGACCCCAGAGGGUCUCCGUGCAUUAACCCUCGUGUGGGUGCUGCUCACACGUAGAGGAAGGGAUGCCAAACACCCAGAACCCCCCUGCAGCCCGGGUUGAUUUUCUUUCCUCUCCUCCCCCAGGACCGUGGUGGCGACAAGGAGGAUGAGAAGGAAGAUGAAGAUUAGCCUUUCCACGCAGGAGUGGUGCUGUGUGGCCUGAGUGUGCCAGGGAGGCGAGAUGCUCGUAGCAGCACCUCGUGGGGGGACCUGGGCUACUUUCAGCCAAAUAAAGGUGGUUUUGGGUGCCGGAGA